GCGGGGGCCAGGGCCUGGCUGCGGCUGGAGCUGGAGCUGGCCGUGAAGGAGCUGCCGCUGGGCCGCGGUAAAUCGCGGUACUGCGCCGGGGGCCGGAGGAGGGGUGUGUUGCUGCUGGCGCCCUGCGAGCCCCCGCAGCCUGUGCCGAGGCGCCUUCCCGCCGGGCCGUCUACCUCCGUCUUCCGUCUCCCUCCAUUUCCCCGGAAUCCCAGCCCGGUGCGCCUGGACCCCGGCCUUCCGGGUGGGGAAGCUCCAGCCUCCUUCCCGCUUCGCUCCUUGCUCGCAGUCUGGGCUUCCAGCCUCCUCUCUCCUUUUCCUGGUGUGGGUCUUCACCCCUUUCUGGUCUCCUUCCUUUAGCACAGGCUCCUUUACCCUUUCCCUUAGCCGAGUCCCAGCACCCCAGUGACAUUCCUCAGCCAGAGGUUCCAUCAUUCCCUCUUCCUUUCCGUUGCCUGUGGUCCAGCCCAUCCUGCCUCUUCCUCUCCCUUUAGGACGCAGUUUCCCGGGUUCCCUUCUUCCAGCCUGGAGUUCCUUUUGGUUUUCCUCCAAGGUUCCUCCUAGGUCCUUGGCCCUCUUCCCCAGUUUGGACUUAACCAUUGUGGCCCUAGGUAGCUCUCCUUCAUCUCCAGAAGACGAAAGUACCUCUCUAAAGCAUGAACUUUUCUUAGAGACUGCUCCAAUCUCACUCCACCUGCAGAAUUCUUGCUACCUAUGUUCCAGGUCUCACUCUUACUUUGCUAAGGGUUGAGGUCUCCAAGGCCAAGAGAGCGGCAUGAUGCCUCGGUGGUCCUGCAUCUGGGGACUUUCUCCACCUCGCAUCUUUCCCUCCUUGCUUGUGGUGGUUGCCUUGGUGGGGCUGCUACCUGUUCUGAGGAGCCAUGGCCUCCAGCCCAGCCCUACUGCCAGCACCAUCCGAGGUUCUGAACCACCACGGGAACGCUCAAUUGGGGAUGUCACCACUGCUCCAUCAGAGCCUUUCCAGCAUCCAGGGGACCAUCGUAAUAACAAUGCCAUCCUUGAAAAUGGCAUUAAGCCGCCUCGAAAGGCCUUUCCAGUCCUGGGCAUUGACUACAUCCAUGUGCGCACUCCCUUUGAGAUCUCCCUCUGGAUCCUGCUGGCCUGCCUCAUGAAGAUAGGUUUCCAUGUGAUCCCCACCAUCUCGAGCAUCGUCCCGGAGAGCUGCCUGCUGAUCGUGGUGGGGCUGCUGGUGGGGGGCCUGAUCAAGGGCGUGGGCGAGACGCCUCCCUUCCUGCAGUCAGACGUCUUCUUCCUCUUCCUACUUCCGCCCAUCAUCCUGGAUGCAGGAUACUUCCUGCCACUGCGGCAGUUCACAGAGAACCUUGGCACCAUCCUGAUCUUUGCUGUGGUGGGCACGCUGUGGAACGCCUUCUUCCUGGGCGGCCUCCUGUAUGCUGUGUGCCUAGUGGGAGGCGAGCAGAUCAAUAACAUCACCUUGCUGGACACCCUGCUCUUCGGCAGCAUCAUCUCAGCCGUGGACCCGGUGGCUGUGCUGGCUGUCUUUGAGGAGAUCCAUAUCAACGAACUGCUACAUAUCCUGGUCUUCGGGGAGUCCCUGCUCAAUGAUGCUGUCACUGUGGUCCUGUAUCACCUCUUUGAGGAGUUUGCCAGCUAUGAACAAGUGGGCAUCUCGGACAUCUUCCUUGGCUUUCUGAGCUUCUUCGUAGUGGCCCUAGGCGGGGUGUUUGUGGGCGUGGUCUACGGGGUCAUCGCAGCCUUCACCUCCAGAUUCACCUCCCAUAUCCGGGUCAUCGAGCCGCUCUUCGUCUUCCUCUACAGCUACAUGGCCUACCUGUCAGCUGAGCUCUUCCACCUGUCAGGAAUCAUGGCACUGAUCGCCUCAGGAGUAGUGAUGCGCCCCUACGUGGAGGCAAACAUCUCCCACAAGUCACACACCACCAUCAAAUAUUUCCUGAAGAUGUGGAGCAGUGUCAGCGAGACCCUCAUCUUCAUCUUCCUCGGUGUCUCCACUGUGGCUGGCUCCCACCACUGGAACUGGACCUUUGUCAUCAGCACCCUGCUCUUCUGCCUCAUCGCCCGGGUGCUUGGUGUGCUGGGCCUGACUUGGUUCAUCAACAAGUUCCGCAUCGUCAAGCUAACCCCCAAGGAUCAGUUCAUCAUCGCCUACGGGGGUCUGCGAGGGGCCAUCGCCUUCUCCCUGGGCUACCUCCUGGACAAGAAGCACUUUCCCAUGUGUGAUCUGUUCCUCACUGCCAUCAUCACUGUCAUCUUUUUCACAGUCUUUGUGCAGGGCAUGACCAUUCGGCCCCUGGUAGACCUGCUGGCUGUGAAGAAAAAGCAAGAAACGAAACGUUCCAUCAACGAGGAAAUCCAUACACAGUUCCUGGACCACCUUCUGACAGGCAUCGAGGACAUCUGUGGUCACUAUGGCCACCACCACUGGAAGGACAAGCUCAACCGGUUUAAUAAGAAGUAUGUGAAGAAGUGUCUGAUAGCUGGUGAGCGCUCUAAAGAACCCCAGCUCAUUGCCUUCUACCACAAAAUGGAGAUGAAGCAGGCCAUCGAGCUGGUGGAAAGCGGAGGCAUGGGCAAGAUCCCUUCUGCUGUCUCCACUGUCUCCAUGCAGAACAUCAACCCCAAGACCGGAAGUGCUGACCGCAUCUUGCCAGCACUGUCCAAGGACAAGGAGGAGGAGAUCCGCAAAAUCUUGAGGAACAACCUGCAGAAGACCAGGCAGCGGCUUCGGUCCUAUAACAGACACACGCUGGUGGCUGACCCCUACGAAGAGGCCUGGAACCAGAUGCUGCUCCGGAGACAGAAAGCCCGGCAACUGGAGCAGAAGAUCAACAACUACCUGACGGUGCCAGCUCACAAACUGGACUCACCCACCUUAUCACGGGCCCGCAUAGGCUCAGACCCACUGGCCUAUGAGCCAAAGGCAGAUUUGCCUGUCAUCACUAUCGACCCGGCCUCCCCACAGUCACCCGAGUCGGUGGACCUGGUGAAUGAGGAGUUGAAGGGCAAGGUCCUAGGGCUAAACCGGGAUCCAACAAGGGUGACGGAAGAGGAUGAAGAUGAGGAUGAGGAUGGAGUCAUUAUGAUGCGAAGCAAGGAACCCUCGUCCAUAGGCACCGAUGAUGUUUUCACCCCUGGACCAAGUGACAGCCCCAGUUCCCAGAGGAUACAGCGCUGCCUCAGUGACCCAGGCCCCCACCCUGAGCCUGGGGAGGGCGAGCCUUUCAUCCCCAAAGGGAAGUAGAGCCAGAUCAGUGGGCAGCGCCCAACUCACAGACUUUCUCACUAGAGUGGGGACAGGGGAGCUCCCCUUGCCUCCUGACCUGGAUUGGCCCUGCCCCCUCCUACCGCAUGGCAGCUGGGCCCAAAGCCCCUACUGCAGCACGGCUUACCCCUGCCUCCUGGGAAGUUCCUCCCACCAGAACUGCCUUCCCAAUCCAUUUGGCAGAACAACUGGCCUGGUGAGGCAGGCUCUGCCCCAUCUCCAGAUCAGGCUCUCCCAUGCUGGAACCAGGGCUCUGGUCUCCGUGGCCUCAAGGCCCUCCCUUCCCUCCAGCCUCCUCCUCAUUCAAAUCAGUCUUCAUCUUCAAUCUUCAUUUCUAACCAAAGAGCUGCUGGCUCCACUGUGGUCCUAUCCAGGAAGGGAAGGACCUCAGGCCCUCCUUGCCCUUGGCUGGGCCUUCCUGUAUCAGAGGAAAUCAGGCAUAUGACUGGGAGACAGAUGGGUUGACCGAUGGCAGACCCACCCUACUCCUGCCAGCCAUGGCACCCUGGCCAGCCACCUGAGCUGUCCUCACUCAGAGCUGCAGGCUGGGAGCAUCUCUGAGCUUCUCUGCCUGGAGCUGGGGCACUUUAAACAGUGGAGUGACUUGGGUAACAGGACCACUGGGCCUUUCUGGGGCUGCUACAAGGGAGGAACUAUCUGAGGCUCCAGAAAGUGCUGCCUUUUUACAUUUUGUUUAUUCGCACCUCCAUGUAAGUACAGAGGCACUCCUGUUUUUAGACCAUUUAAAACCCCCUUGCUAGACAGAGCUCUACCCCUGACCCUCCUCCUUCCUCCAUGCCUGUCUAACACCCUCCCCUAAAUCCAUUCUCUGCCUACAGGCUCUUUUGCCCAAGGCACUGGUUUCAGACAUGGCCCAGCUUGUCAUGAUUCUUCAAGGCUAUUGACAAGGGGCCUCCUGGCACCAGCCUCACUGUUAGGACCUGGCCUUCACUUCUGCUGGCCUGUUCUUAGUCACCUCUUACCCAAACCUCUCUCUCACCUGUAUACCCAGCUUGCAAUGAAGCCCAGUGCUGGAAAAUAGGGCUUCCCCUGAGGGUCUCUGGCCCUGGCCAGGGUUGCUGGAGUAGACAGAAUCCUGGACCCCCAGAGCCUGUACUCACAGGCUCACCUCCCUACUGCCGUCAUGGCCAGGCCCAUUUGUCUGUCUAACCCCCACAAGCAGUCCCUUCCCAGGAUUGUGCAAUAGUCAGAGGGUCUCCCUCCCAAGAGAUGGGGUUAUAGGUACUUGGCCCCUCUGUCUCCCCUCAUACAAGUGCUGUUUGGGGCAGGAGUUGCCUUGUAAGGUGACGUCGACAACCAUGUAGGAAGCCACCGCAGCUGCUGCCGCUCUGCCACCUUGUACAGAAGAAGCUGAACCUUUUUCAUAUUCUAAUAAAUCAGUGUGAGUUUUUGGUAGA